UAGGUUGCUGAAUGAUGCAGUAGUCCUGUUAAUAUUCUAAGGCUAGAUUUAUUGUUUUGCGUUUUGUUUACACAAUAAUAAAUUUGGUUUUUUUUUCUUAGGUAAAAUGCAACGUUCUAAUUGUUACGUGGCUAAAUGGAGCACGCAUGCCUAAUUACCCCGCCGCAGCAGCGAACAGCCCUAUGCCUGGUGUUUUGCUUUCAAAGGCGCUUCAAGAGAUGAUUGCGACAUCUGCAGGAAAGCUGCAAGCAAAGAAUAUACACCUAAUAGGAUUCAGCUUAGGAGCACAAGCUGCAGGCUUUUGCGGUCGCCAUUUCUACAAUGCCACAAAGGAAAAGCUCGGACGCAUAACAGGUCUUGACCCGGCAGGGCCUUUGUUUGAUAUCUCGGGCGUGGCCUUAUCGAAGGAGGAUGCGACCUUUGUCGACGUUAUACACACCAACGCAGGAACUUUCUUUGAUUUGAGCCUUGGAAUAAGGGGGCCGAUAGGGCAUGUGGAUUUCUACCCGAAUGGUGGCAGGAGACAACCAGGCUGUACCGAAUUUGGUGAAAUGCCACCGCUGGACACGAGUAGCAAGUUACGUUGUGCAAACUUCGGUACUGUGGUGAGAGAGGACGGGGAUUACGACGAUAUGAACAUCAGUAUUUUUUUACACUCAGUCAGAGGCCGAAGCGUGACACUUUUUUUCUUUCGUGCAGAUGUUGACAUUGGCUGCAGCCACGCAAGAGCACGAGAAUUAUUCCAGGAGUCAAUAAAUUCAGAGUGCCACUUCACAGCAUACCCUUGCGGGAGUGACUGGCUGCGACUGUUUAGAUACGACGACGACGACUGGUGGUGCGCUCAAGAGAUGGGCUAUAACAGCGUCGCUAAAAAAGGAACAGGGAACUUUUAUUUGAUCACAAAAGAUAAGCCACCUUACUGCGUUAAAUCAGCACAGGAUAUAUAUGGAGAUACACAUUUCGAUAUGGGAAAGCAUCCCAAUUUCCCUCAUCCGCCGCUUUGAUUUGGAAUGCUUCUAUUUCAUCUAUCAAGACGCCUAAUUCGUGGAGGCACUGUAGUCUACAAAUUUGUGAGCCAGCGAAUCGAGGCAGCAGUCAAAUAUUAUUUCGCCGCGUCUUCUACCGCGCAUAUGUACGGUAAUCGUAUCAGUAACCUGUAAGAAUUUUAUGUGGCCAAUAAAAUUGGAUUCUUCCGAUGUGUUCAAGCUGCAUUAAACAAGGCAUACGAGUUACAAUAAAUUCUUGAUAUACGUGUGUCUGACACCGAAGACACGAUUCCAGCAGCACUCAGCGUGUUCACCAGCAAAGGAUCAGAAACGUGCGAUGAUUGAUGAAGCCUUCUUCAAGCUAACUACAUGACCUCAUGGACUUCCGACAUUGUACCCA